AGCUUGUGAUAUUGUGGACAGGACUGGGUCACCACCCCUUGUCACGGUGCCAUGGCUGACAGCAGCAUAGUUACUUUAGGGCCGGGCCACAGCCUGCUGGUGGACUCCUCCGUAUACGACUCCCGGAUGGCCGAGACCUCAAAGGAGCAAUUUUUCAUGGGUCUACACGUAGACGAGUCAGAGGAUGUAUUGCCCAAAGUUGAGACGAGAGUGGUGUUGGUGGGGGAGGCCGGCAACAUUGCAGAACUUGAAAAAGCUCUUCAGGCCAUCACAAUAAUGGAAGUCCCAGUGGUAAAGAUUAAAGAAGGGCAGCCGGGCACAGAGGCGCAUGAGAAAUUGAUAAAAUCUAUAGUCAAUAUGGAUAUAAACACCCCCUAUAUCAAGACUGACAAUGUCAGAGAUUUUGGUGAUGGCGAGAACUGCGAGUUCGAGACGGUGUUUGUGUUGAAAGACUUCCAGGCUCCCGAAUACAGCUUCCUGUACAAGAAUGACAACCGUAUCCUGGGGCCUCCUGCCGUGAUGCACUGCGCCAGUAAGGGAGAGCCUCUGCCGUUCUCCUCCAGGCCUCUCUACUCUAUGACCAUGCUCAACUUGUCUCUCUGCUUCACCGGAUUCCGUAAAAAAGAUGAAGUGGUUACCCUGGUAAAUCUCGUCCAUCACAUGGGUGGCACCAUCCGAAAAGACUUUGACAGUACUAAAGUCACACACCUCAUCGCCCAUUCAACACAUGGUGAAAAGUACAGGCUGGCAGUCUGCAUGGGCACACCCAUCCUCACCCCUGAGUGGAUACACAAGGCAUGGGAGCACAGAGAUGACAUUAAUUUCCAUGCAGGUAACGAGGAGUUCCGCACCGAGUUUAAAGUUCCUCCAUUCCAGGAUUGCGUGCUGAGCUUUCUGGGCUUCUCUGAAGAGGAGAGAACCAACAUGGAGGAGAGGACACAGAAACAUGGUGGACGGUUCCAGGCGGUGGGUGAUGAAAGGUGCACUCACUUGGUAGUUGAGGAGAACUCCAUUAAAGAACUGCCCUUUACUCCCUCCAAAAGACUCUAUGUAGUGAAGCAGGAGUGGUUUUGGGGCAGUAUACAAAUGGACGCCCGUGCUGGGGAAACCAUGUACUCUUACGAAAAGCCUGAGAGUCCUGCGAUGAAGAUGGCCGUGUCUCUGCUGUCUCUCACAACACCCAACAGUGGCCGCAAACGUCGCCGUCUUAGAGAAACUUUGGCUCAGCUCACCAAGGAGACCGAGAUUUCUCCCUUCCCACCACGCAAAAGACCCUCGGCUGAACACUCCCUCUCCAUGGGCUCCCUGCUGGACAUCUCCAACACACCUGACACCUGCAAGUCCAGCGGAGAACGCAAGCGCAGGAGGAGCAGUGGUAGGCGGAGGAGUGCCAGACAGAAUAGAUCAGAGAAAGAGAGGCCACUGCAGCGUAUCAGCACUCCUGUGUGCAGCAAGGAAACAGACCAGACAGAGAAUGCCAGAUUUCCCAAAAGCUCAACUCCCGCCCUUCCUAAGCAGUCAGCACGCUGGCAGGUUUCCAAGGAGCUCUACCAAACCGAAAGCAACUACGUUGAUAUCCUGGCCACGGUCCUGCAGUCUAGAGAGCUGGUGAAGGCCUACCCACCGUUUGUCAACUUCUUUGAGAUGAGCAAAGAGACUAUAGUCAGAUGUGAGAGACAGAAGCCGAGGUUUCAUGCGUUCCUGAAGAUUAAUCAGGCUAAACCUGAGUGUGGUCGUCAGACUCUCGUUGAGCUUUUGAUUCGUCCUGUGCAGAGACUGCCGAGUGUUGCCCUCCUGUUGAAUGAUAUAAAAAAACACACGUCAGAUGACAACCCUGAUAAAGUGACCCUGGAAAAGGCCAUCGAGUCUCUCAAGGAAGUGAUGACCCACAUAAAUGAAGAUAAAAGGAAAACCGAGGGACAGAAGCAGAUUUUUGAUGUUGUUUAUGAGGUGGACGGCUGCCCUGCCAAUCUUUUGUCAUCACAUCGGAGUCUGGUUCACAGGGUGGAAACCAUUGCUCUGGGAGACAAACCCUGCGAUCGGGGAGAACAUGUCACACUCUUUCUGUUCAACGACUGUUUGGAGAUCGCCAGGAAGAGACACAAGGUGAUAACCACGUUCCGGAGUCCGCUGGGUCAGACACGGCCGCCUGCCCAGCUCAAACACAUAGCCUUGAUGCCUCUGUCCCAGAUCAGAAGAGUCCUUGACAUCCAAGACACAGAAGAGUGUCAGAAUGCCUUUGCCCUGGUGGUACAUCCUCCUACAGAACAGGAGAACCUGUUAUUCAGUUUCCAGCUGACGGCCGAAGACACGCUCAAAUCUGCCUGGCUCAAAACUCUCUGUCGUCAAGUGGCCAACACGAUUUGCCGAGCUGAUGCGGAAGAUCUCAUUCAGAGCACCGAUCCUGACUCCGUCCAAGUGAGCACAAAGGACAUGGACAGCACGCUCAGCCGAGCGUCCAGGGCCAUCAAAAAAACGUCAAAGAAGGUCACGAGAGCAUUUUCUUUCACUAAAACCCCCAAGCGUGUUCUCCAGAGGGCCUUUUUAGCCAAUGGUACCCCGGAUGACAAGAGUCCUGGCCCAGAUGCCGAUCACAUGGGCCGAAUGUUCAGCAGCUCUACACUGGCUAUGUCUCGUUCUGCCUCUACGUUCAGUCUGACGGGCUCUAUUAAAAGUGCAGUGGUUCAGCGGUCAAACUCUCUGGACCAUGCUCCGCGGCCCAGGGUCCCGGUGUGUUUCCGCACUCCGUGCAGUCCAGAGAGGGCUGAUGAACCUGCGGCUCCCAAAACCCAGCUCAGACCAUCCAUCCUGUCCCUCCCAGCGGCCCAGCCCGUAGCUCUGUGCCGGGAGCUGCUGGCACCCCCAGAGCCGAAGCGCAGGUUCCCUGGGUCCCAGCGGCAGGAGACCCUCCUGUAGGACUCUUAAAUGCUGUUCAUUCCCCAUCCAUGCUCAACCUGUCCUCCGCCUUUGAGAGGAAGCAUCAUACCUUCAGCCGAUCCACAACUC